CGACGACCUUGGUGGCAAAACAAUUUGUGGCUUCGAGUACCUUGUGUUGUCAGAUUAAGUUAAAAUAUCCUGUUGAUAUAUUCAACUGAAUAUUCAAAUGAAAUGAUUUUUAGGUAUUCAUGCUUAUAAAUAAAGCUAUAUUUAUUUGGACAACUUGCUCUACAUUCCUAUUAUUGUUGGUAUUAAAACUUGAUGAAAUUAUUUCUUGGAAUUGGUUUAUUAUAUUCAUACCAAUAUGGUUGUUGGAUCUAAUUCUAUUUACUACCACUAUCCUAUACAUGUCACAAAAAUUUACUCAUAUACUUGGACAAUAUAAUCUUAAUAGUAGAUUUAGUCAAACGUUGUUGUUAAGUUUUAUCUUAUGGAAAUUUAUUGCACAAAUUAUUCUUUGUCUGUCAUUGGAAGGCUACUUACAGACAUUGUUAGACACUUUUUCUCGAUUAGAUCAAGCAUCAGAUAACAAUCAAAGCAGUAAUUCAACUGUUGUUAAAAGUCGUAUGAUAUAUGCUGUGUUACCUAUAUGGACUACAAUGCUUGUAUGUUUAUUGAUAGUGUGUGCACAAAUUGUAAAUCCACGUUUACCUACAGUUUAAUCAUUUUUAUUCAAAAGUAAAAACAAUCAACCGUACGAUGAUGAGCAUCAUCAACUUGAACUGAUGGACUUACGUACGAAGUUCUGCGUUGUAUCUGUCUGUCUGUCUGUCUGUCUAUCAUCAAAGAGAACAACAAAAGACUAAUGUUUUGCUACGUGUUUUUAUUUUUGUUGACGAAUCGAUAAUUUGUAUGUAUUUUGUACUGAUUUUUGAUGCAUAAUAUUCCUUUCUCAAUAUAAAAGUUUAUUAUUUUUCGAA